AUGCUCAGGCAACAACUCGUCGGUCUCUCACUAAUUCCGCCUUCCAUAUUUGGGUUUAUUUCCAAUUGGACAAUUGUCAUAAUCGUUAUUCAUUACCGUAAUCUCCAUCGAUCAUUUGCCAUUCUUACUGCUACCAUUGCGUUUUUCUAUGCUCUUGGCUCAACGUUCGACCUAUUUUUCGUUAGCCCUAUGAUAAUAUUAAACAUCAAUUUUCUAAAAGAGUAUUCCGGAAUAUGUGGAGUAUUUAGUAUACUCUCUUAUGAUUCUACAACUCAAUUCCACGUAGUUGUCUCCAUAAAUCGAUUAACUGCUGUAUUUGCACCUCUAUCAUACAACACAUUCUUCAACCCAAGAACCACAAAAUUUCUUAUUGGAUUCAUAAUUUUUCUAUCUGCAAUCGUUGUUUCAACUUAUUUGCUAGCAGUGGAUUGUAGAUUUUCAUUCAUUGAUGACCGUUGGACAUUUCUAAUCACGGGUUCGGACAAAUGUGAAUUUUUUGGAUGGUCAAUGUUUUUGGGAAAGAAUUUAUUUUUGUCAGUUGUUAAUUUGAUUCUACAUAUCAUCACCUUUGCUCGAGUUUUGAGUUUGAAAAAAUUGCCCAGAAGAAGUACCACGUCUCGUACGUAUAGCCUCCAAGAGUCCUACUUUCUCAAACAGACAUUCGGCCAAACUAUCUUCAUGUCCAUUGAAAUAAUCGCUUACAUAUUUCCUGCUAGAAACAUUGAACAAGACUACAUCACGUUCCUUUGUUCAAUUUUCCUCUGGAGCACAGUCCAUGCAGCAGAAGGUGUUAUCACACUUAUUUAUAAUUCGGAAAUUCGAAGAAAACUUCGAAAACGGAAGAAAAGUUAUCGGAUUUCAGCUACGAAAGUUGAGCUACCGCAUUGA